AUGCAGGCACCCAACACUGCGACCGGGGCAUCCAACACCGCCGAGCCAAACACCACGACAGACAAUGAGGUGUCGAUCGCUGUCGACGACCAGUAUAAUGAAGAUGACAGUGCAUCGGAAUUUGGAGUUGGCAGUGUAGCUUCGUCGAGCACUAGUGUGACCAGCUCUAUCAUGAGGUUCAGGGAAGAGAAUGGAAGAACCUAUCACGGAUACAAGGAUGGCAAAUACAUGAUGCCUAAUGACGGCAAAGAGGUUGAUCGACUUGAUCUCCAACACAACUUGUUCAUGCUCACAUUCGACGGGAAGCUGGCAACUGCGCCCCCGAACGAACGUGGCUCGAAUGUGAAGAGGGUUCUCGACAUCGGCACCGGUAGCGGUAUCUGGGCGAUGGACUUUGGCGAUGAACACCCUGAAGCCGAGGUUCUUGGUAUUGACCUUUCUCCCGUGCAGCCGGAAUUCACGCCGCCAAACGUCAAGUUCGAGAUCGACGAUUUUGAGGAGGCGUGGACCUACACGCAACCAUUCGAUUACAUCCACAGUCGCAUGAUGACGGGUUGCGUUGCCGACUGGAAAGAAUAUUUUCAAAAGUGCUUUGACAACUUAUCGCCGGGCGGAUAUUUCGAACUCGUUGAGCCUGAUAUUGUCGUAAAAUCGGACGACGGGACCCUCAAGCCAGACCACACAAUCGUCAAAACAGGCAACUUGAUGAUUGAGGCGACAGCAGCUGUCGGACGAAUGUUCCAACAAAUCAGUCAUUUGAAGCCGGUUCUAAUGGAGGUGGGCUUUGAGGAUGUAACACUACAACAGUUCAAGUGGCCGGUGAAUUCCUGGCCUAAGGACCCCAAGAUGAAAGAGCUUGGAAUGUGGCACAACGAGAAUCUUCUGCUGGGGUGGGAGGCUAUUUGCAUGGCGCCGCUGGUGAGAGGCCUCGGGUGGUCUUAUGCUGAAGUCCAGGUUCUUCUGGCCGAGAAUCGCAGGGACUUCAACAACCGGAACAUUCACUCUUACUUUCCCAUUUGGACAAUGUAUGGAAGAAAGCCACAGAAGAAGGAAUGA